CAACAUGCUUGCCUUCCGACUUAAACGCGGUUUUUAGAAUUUAAAAUUAUAAAAUCAUAAAUUUUUAUUUUUAACAAAAAAAACAAAAGUUUCGUGCGAUUUGUUAAUAGUGAAAUUAAUUUUAAUAAUGUGCGAAGUUAAAAUUACCGUAGAAGACAAAAAUACUAGAAGUAAUGUAAGGGGUUGUGGCCUAAUUAUAUUGGUUUUAAGAACGCUCUUUCAUGGAUUGAGUUGGUCGAUACAUUCCUUUGUGACGUUAUACGGGAUUCGUGUUGUGUUUACGGUAUCUAAAGAGCAAAUGGAAAACCCGAUGAUAAGCGAAAUGAUAAAAUUCACACCGCUUUUCUUGACCAACUGGAAUUUUUUGUUCCAAACGUGCUUUCUGACUCUUUCGCUGAUCUACGAUGUACUGGAAUGGCUGAAUAAGGUGGACACAAAUAUUGCUACUAAAAUCCAAUACUACAGAGACGUGAUUUUUUCCGGACUGGUCGUGCCCUUGACGUGUUUCAUAUCGUCAAUGUUUUGGAUCGUGUUCUCGAUAGACAGGGAGCUAGUGUUCCCCGAAGUCUACGACCAGAUCGUGCCAUGGUGGUUCAAUCACUGCGUACACACUAACAUCACCAUAGUCGUCAUAAUUGAGACGUUGCUGCAAGCGAGACGCCACCCAAGAGACUUGAAGACAGAGGUCAUCAUGAACGGAACUGUAGGCGUCGCUUACGCCAUUGUGUACUACGCGAUUUACUUCUUCGCGAAACGCUGGUUGUACGCCGUUUUCGGUAUCAUGACCUGGUGGCAGGUCUGUCUCUACCAGCUACUGAUCUGGGGGUCGUGUUUCGCCUUCUACUUCCUUCAGUUCCCGGUCAACAGGCUCUUCCAUCGGGAGGAGGUCCCGUCGCUCCGGGAGAUCAAUGAGGAGAAGACGGGUCCUCCAGCAGAAGAGGAUAUGGACAUAGAUAUUUUGCAUGAUUCAAAACUAUCGCCUUUAGUUGAAAAAUCUUGGAGUCUCAAAUACAGGUCUAUGAGGGACCAAAUGGAAAAUUCUAGAUUAUAAAAUGAUUUUUAUCUGUCUAAAGCUUUAGAUCAAUUUUUGUGUUAAGUCUUUUUAAAUGUUUGAGAUGCUUGUGGCAAGUGUCCACAGCAGAUGCGGUGUGCCUUGUGCCAUGGUACCAAAUGUGUUAAUUCUGUUGUCCCAUGCCAAAGCGGAUGGCAAAAGACAUUAGAAAUAAGGAAACUGUGUGUGUGUUUGUGUUUGUAAAUAUAGUCCGGUAUGCUUAAUACGAGUUUUUUAACGUUCUCGUUAGCGUAAAAGUUAACUCGAUCUGUAUGCAGUUGAAACAGCGCCCCUAGCGGCAAACACAGGCAAACGGCAACUCAAUAACUGUCGGUACUUGAACGAUUGUACCAUGGUUCACUUGCGAACUAAAUAAUCAUAGUAAUGGUAGGUUCGAAGUAAGUAUAAAAGCAUAAAAGUAUAAAGUAACCUAAGCAAUAAAAAAAUAAAAAUGUAU